ACCGCUUCUCCUCUCCUCUCCUCUCCUCUCAUUCACUUUACCCGCCGGGAAACCUUAUCUUCCUCCGGCGGUUCGGCGAUCAUGGCGACAAUCGCGUCUCAAGCCCUCAAAAUGUCUCCACUUCCGUCGAAAUCCUUUUCCCUGCCCCUCAAACCCUACCGGAAGAACCCUAAACCUUUACCUCCCCACAAUCACCGGAACAGAAACCUUUUCCGGCCGCAUAUUCCCGCAAUCAAUGGAAAGCUUAAAGGAGGCGGCGCUUCCGGUUCAAUUGUGGUUGCGUGUUCGACUUCGUCGCCUUUGUUUGGGAAAGUUGGAUUGCACAGGAGAGAAGGGAAUCUGUCUCUCCUGUUGUUCGGAAACCAUUGCAGAACUGUAGCCGUAGAAGUGGAAAACAAGGAAGACACUUCCCAAGUUCUGUCGGCAUUGCUUCCCUUUGUCGUAGCACUCACUGCCGUUGCCGCCCUCUCUCAGCCUUCCACUUUUUCCUGGGUGUCAAAGGAAUUGUAUGCUCCUGCACUUGGAGGAAUCAUGUUGUCGAUAGGAAUUGGACUUUCCAUUGAUGAUUUUGCUCUUGCAUUUAAAAGACCUGUUCAAUUAUCCAUUGGAUUUAUUGCUCAAUAUAUUUCAAAACCGUUACUUGGUGUGAUGAUGGCAAAUGCUUUCCAGAUCCCUAGCAUGUUCUAUCCCGGAUUCGUUCUCAUGUCCUGUGUUGCUGGAGCUCAGUUGUCGAGCUAUGCGAGCUUCUUGAGCAAAAGUGAUGUCGCCUUCAGUAUACUCUUGACUAGCUCAACUACCAUUGCAUCAGUUCUCCUCACUCCACUACUGACGGGCCUUCUCAUUGGUUCUGUUGUGCCCAUUGAUGCAGUUGCCAUGUCAAAGUCAAUAUUGCAGGUUGUUCUUGUACCUGUUACCCUGGGCUUAGUUUUGAACACCUAUGCAAAACCAGUUGUAUCUGUUAUUCAACCUGUAAUGCCCUUCGUCGCAAUGGCAUGCACAUCUUUGUGCAUUGGCAGCCCACUUGCCAUUAACCGAGCUCAUAUUCUCUCUACCCAAGGGUUAAAAUUGGUCGGUCCUGUCUUGGCUUUUCACGCAGCAGCAUUUACCUUGGGUUAUUGGAUUUCCAAAUUUCCAAGUUUUAGGUUCAAUGAAGAAACGUGCCGUACAAUUGCAUUAUGCACGGGGAUGCAAAGCUCAACACUGGCAGGCCUACUCGCGACUCAGUUCUUAGCGAGCACUCAAGCAGUUCCCUCUGCAUGCUCCGUGGUCGCGAUGGCCAUUAUGGGUCUCUCCCUUGCCUCUUUCUGGGGAAGUGGGCUUCGGAUCAGAGACUUAUUACCCUUGGCGCUCACUCGCGCCAAGCCUUAUGGUCCAGAAAUUCACGCCAAGUAGUGCGGUAUGUAUGAUCUUAAGUUUACAAGCACAAGAUAUAAAUCUAUAUCGAAUUGAAACACAUUAUAGUUUGUGCAUAAGAUUAGUUAAGUAGACACAUAUAUGUUGGUGUGUAAUUAAGCAUGCAGAAUGCUUAUUGCUGGUGUGCACACAUAUCUGGUACCUGUAAAUUAUAGUGUAUUUUUUGAAUCAUGUAUGAUAGCAUGGGUUUAGAAAUCUGAUAUACUCCAGAUAUAUACUCCUUCCAUUUGGGUUUAGUAGUACAUUGUGAUGCAAUGCUUGUUUACUAUU